UAGUGGCGGUUCUUAUUACCUGCAGGCGGAUCACAAACAAACCGUUUUUCUCCCACUUUUCGCUCUUUGUAGCGCAACUGUUGCUGUUGCCAUGGAGGAGGUGACUCGCCUGGUGUCGACCGGAGACUCGGUGAAGGUCUGGGACUCGGUUUCCAUGACCCAGCUGGAGCAGUUCAACCCUCACAGCAGCAGCCAUCCGGUGGCGCGGGCCUGCUGGAGCUCCAACAAUCAGUACCUGGUGACGGCGAGCAGCGGCGGAGACAAGCUGGUGCUGUCCAGCUUGAAGUCGUCUCCGGUCCCUGUGGUGGAGCUGGCUGAGGGAAAACACCAGACGUGUGUGUGUCUGAGCUCCACCUCCCAGUUCGUCGUCAGCGGCGGUCUGGAUCACUGCGUCAACAUCUGGGACCUGAAGACCAAAAGGCUGCUGCGCUCCCUCAAGGACCACACGGACGACGUCACCUGUGUGACCUUCAACGCCAACGACUCCUGCCUGGCGUCCAGCUCCAUGAGGGGCGACGUGGUGCUGCACAGUAUGACCACCCACCUGUCCAGCAAGCCCCUCGCACUCGCCGACACCACGUCGGUCCAGGACGUGCGCUUCUCAGCGGUGAAGCGCUCCAUGCUGGGCAGCUGCUCCACGAGCGGCACGGUGGUGCUGUGGGACUCCAACACCCAGAAGGCCCUGCACGCGUUCGAGUCCUCCCACAAGGCGCCGAGCUGCAGCCUGGCCUUCUCGCCCACCAGCGACCUGCUGGUGGUGAGCGUGGGCCUGGACAAGCGGGUGCUGUUCUACGACACGGCCAGCAGGAUCGUGCUGCGGUCCAUCCGGGUGGACAGCCCCCUCACGGCGUUGGACUUCACGCCGGACGGCACCGGCCUGGUGGUGGGCGGCACCCAGGGCUCCAUCUACCAGUACGACCUGAGGAACUCCAGCACCCCCACCAAGGUCACCCUGGCCCACAAGACCUCCGUCACCUGCCUGCGCUUCCAGAACGGCGCCAGACACAAGUCCGGUAAACCGGCCCCAACGAAGAUCUCCAGCAUCAAGAGAUCCUCCUCCAAGCCGCCCAGCAGCCAGUCAGAGCCCCCCCGCAGCCCAGGCCCCGCCCCCAACAGGCCGGCGACCAGCACAGCAGGAGGCGCCGGUACCGAGGCGCCGAGUCGGCAGGCGGAAGGUCAGCCGGGGGCGGAGCUUCCUGUUGCUAUGGAGAAGUUUGGCCAGGUCGGGCGAAGCAGCUUGGACAUGUUCUCCCCCGUUCGCAAAGACCUGGCGUCCGAUUCCGGCGACGCCACCGUGAACGUUUACAGACAGCUGUCGCUCACCCCUGACUCCGCCCCCUCUCUCCUGAUUGGUCCAGAUCCCAGGGCUCCGUCCGGGGACACGCCCGUCGGGCGAGCGCACGUAACCGGCGUGGCGUCGGGGCCCAGGGACACGGAGGGACAGCAGCUGACUGGACGAGGCAGCCUGGACAUCUUCUCUCCACUCCGAGACGACGUGUUCAGCAGGACGCCGCUGGGGACGCCGCUGACGGCCGGUCGCUCCUUCACCCCCACGCCCGCCUUCCCGUCGCCGCUCACCAUCAAAGAGGAGGAGGCGGUCGGCGCUAAAGACGCGACGGACUCCGGAAAGUCGGACAGAGCCAGCAGCUCGGGCCAGGAGGACGGAGAGACCCCGCCCCCCACAGCUCAGCAGACCAAUCACAGCCAGCCGGCUCCGCCCAUCUUCACCCCGGAGGCCGGCCCCCGCAGAGCCAAUGGCGUCCCGGCUCAGGAAGCUCCGCCCACUGCCUCAGCAGGUCCCUCGGUGACGGCGGCCGUGUCCUCGACUCUCUCGAACGUGGCGGGCGCAGCGGAGCAGGGCGCCGCCGCUCCGAUGACCCCCCUGCAGAUCCACUUCAUCCAGAACAUGAUCCACGAAACCCUGGAGGAGUUCAGGGACGAGUGUCACAAGGACGUCAUCAACCUGCAGGUGGAGAUGAUCCGACAGUUUUACAUCCAGCUGCGAGAGAUCCACGGUCUAUUGGAGAAAUACUCGGUGAACGAGUCUCUGGUGGAGGAGAUCGAGAGGCUGAGGGAGGAAAACCGCCAGCUGAGGGCCAACUACUGACUCACCCUGUGUGUGUGUGUGUGUGUGUGUGUGUGUGUGUGUAAAAUGGAACUGUAAAUUAAAGAUGUGGAGUCUCUGCAGCUCCUUCACUUCUACUGUUUAUAAAAAAACAUUUUGUGUAAAGAAUAAAUAAAGAACAGAAUCUACUGACGUCUUCAAAACGUCUCUGUCUUAAAAGCUGAAGGUCAGAGUUCAACAACCCUAAAGUUUAAUAUUCAGCAGUGGAGAAAAAUGGCGUUAAACCUGUGAAAUGUAUUAUUCGGUCUACAUGUUUUAAUCUGAUAUGGGUGAAAUUAAAACUCUUCUUUUGGC